AUGAACGGCAAGGUGCUGAAUCCGUGGACAAGUGCAAAAGAUCGUAAAUACUUGCGGAAACACAAGGAGGAACCCGCCAUUCUCUCUGUUUACAAGUACGGCAAUGAGAUAUCCACCGUUGGUCAGUUUGCCGACUUUGAAGAUCAGUGCAUCGGUCCGGCUGCAACCGAUCGUGGGGGUGCUGCAACAGAAGAACUUCACCAACUCAUGAUCACUACUCUGAAGGAGAAAUGGGGUGCUACGUUUAGUGCACAAGAUAUGUCGUGGCGCCUGUGGGCCUCACUCGUUCUCAAGAAACCCGGGCCUCAGCACGAGCGAGAAAUCGCCAAGGGCCCGCCACCAAAUCUUGUGACUCAGUUCAGGCCUGCGUCAAACUCAAGCGACCAGCACUUACAGCGUGUGCAACGCAGCGUAAAGAUGCCAAAGAAAGUCGUACAGGGUAUGCAGACAAAGAUUCAGCACUUCGAGCAAACAGUUCAAGUGCUGCAGACUGCCAUCGUUUCCAUGAAUCAAAUGCUGGAGAACCAUUUGGAUGUUAUCGAGGCCAUGGGCGAGGACGUGGUUAUACAACCAGAUAGUACGGAGGUCUUGUCCGUGUUGGCCGCCAUUCCAAAUCAGGAGAACAUCGACCAUGAAUGA